AUGCGUAAACAUUCACGCCGUUUCCAACAAGCUUUACAAAAGGUUGAUAAAAAUAAGUUAUAUAGUCCUUUAGAAGCAAUAAAUUUAUUAAAAGAUGUGUCUAAUGUGAAAUUUGAUGAAACAAUAGAAGCACAUAUCGUAUUAGCUUUAGAUCCUAAGCAUGCGGAUCAGCAAUUAAGGUCUACUGUAAUACUUCCAAAAGGAAUAGGAAAAGUAGUUCGUGUUGCUGUUGUUACAAAAGGUGAAAAAGUUGCACAAGCUUUAUCUGCAAAUGCUGAUUUAGUUGGUUCAGAAGAUUUAAUAGAUCAAAUUAUGCAAGGUCAUCUAAAUUUUGAUAAAUUAAUUGCAACUCCUGAUGUAAUGCCUUUGGUAGCAAAAAUGGGUAGAAUUUUGGGUCCAAGAGGUUUAAUGCCAUCACCUAAAGCAGGUACGGUGACUGUAGAUUUAAAACGAGCUAUUACUGAUUUUAAAGCUGGUAAAUUAGAAUAUCGAAUUGAUCGUUCAGGUGUUGUACACGUUCCAUUCGGUAAAUUAAAUUUUAUAUCUGAUGAUUUAUAUUUAAAUUUAAUUGCUUUACAAGAAUCAAUUGAUAAAAAUCGUCCUUCAGGUUCAAAAGGUAAGUACUGGAAAUAUAUUUAUUUAUCCAGUACAAUGGGACCAUCAAUUCCAUUAGAUAUUAAUCUAUUGAAAAAAAUUGAAUCAAAGGUAAGUUGA